AUGCAAAUGCUUUAUUUGUGGAAAGGAAGGGCAUUUCGCAAAAGAUUGCAAAAGCAAGCAAGGAACAUUGCAAGAUCAGCUGUCUAUCAAGAACUGGAUCUUGAUGACAACUGGGACAUUGUCUCAGCAGACUUUGAUGACACCAGUGUCUAUAGUAUAUCAGAAGGAGAAGGCGAUACCCAUCAAAGCAUCAGUGUUAUGGUCCAAGAUACUCCAUUUGAAGAAGCAGCUUUCACAAUAACACAUGAAGAUAAUGAAAGUAGCAGCGAAGAUGAAAGAGAGGAUAUCCAACAUAGUCAUUAUGCUUUCAUGUUCCAUCCAGGACCACCAACAAAAAUAGCAGAUAUGGUUCAAUCUGUAGGAUCGUGGAAACCAAGCAAAGAAUUGCCAGCUCAAAGUAAAAACUGUGAGCAUGAUUGGAAGGAAAAAACAGUCACAAAUUACACGAUCUGUUAUUACUGUGGAAUACUAACCACAGACGUGUCAAGACUUAACUGUCCCAAUUGCCAACUCACAACAUGUGCUCUUUGCGCCAAAAAUUAUCUUGGCAAAACAGUUAACGUUAAGAAAAAACAGCAGAUUAAGCCGGAAGAAGAAAGUGACUUUACCAAUAGGGAAAUAAAGCUUCUCAAAGAACUUUUGAAAGAGAAGACGGAGCAAAUGCAGCAGAUGAUUAAGGAUCAAGCCAAAGAGUUUUAUGAGACCAAGGCAGAAAUACAAAAGAGAGAGGAAGCAUGGCAGCUUGAAAAAGGCUUGCUAACAAAAGAUCUCACAGAUACUCUUAAGAUAAUCGAUCAGCUUAAAGCUGAACAAGUAAGGCUUGAAGAACAAAAGAACGAAGAAAUAAGAAGGCUGAAGGAGCAACUACAAGAAAGGAAGGAAGAAAGGGAAAAGCCUCAAUUCCCUAAAGAAGAAUUCCCACCGUUAAGCGAACUUCAUGUAGCAAGGCCCUUCAUGGAAGCAGAGAUUCAUUACUCUGAAAAUGCUACAUCAAACCCAAAAGUUAGGAAGAUAACUAACUCACUUUACAACGUAAAAGUUGAGUUUGAUAUCCCUAAUUGCCCAGCAUUUGGGAUCGGCGCAAUAAUAGACACAGGAGCAUCAGCAUGCUGCAUAAACAAGAAGGUUAUUCCAGAAGAAGCACUUGAACCUUUAAACCACAGUGUUUUCUUUAAUGGUUUAAAUUCAAGACAGCAGGCAACUCACAAAAUAAAGCAAGGCUAUUUUCUCAUCGAGGGAAACAAGUUCAAAACUCCCCUUAUAUAUGCAUUUGAUAUGCAUGGCAGCAAUGGCAUUGAAAUGCUGAUAGGUACCAACUUCCUAAGGUCCAUGAAAGGAGGAAUUCGAAUAGAAGGUGAUGAGAUAACUAUUUAUAAGAAGGUUACCAAGAUCAAAACUUCAGAGCAAUCUGAGGUUGCUGAAGUUGCCAUCACUGAGCUUGAAAUUAGUGAAGAAGAUUUCUUUGAAAUAAAUGAAUCUAUUUAUUUCAACCAAGAAGGUAACAAUGCAUUCCUAGAACGGUUUAAACCUGUCAUUGAUAGGUUAAAGCUCCAAGGAUACAUCAGAGAAGAACCUUUAAAUCAUUGA